AUGUCAUUGUUGCAAACAGCAGCGUUGGAAGCGACCCGAGCAGUUUUAUGGACUCGAACGGUAUUUUUUUCUUAUCAGAUUAUUUCGCAGUUCUUUUUCGAUUUGAUAACUUUUUCUGCAGGACACUCGGAACGCUCUCCUCUGUUCUUUAGUCCCGGGAGCCGUCGCCGCGACUUCAUUCGCCACUUUCGCAUUCAAUGAAGGCGUCGUUAAGUGGUGGGCGGUUAGUUCGAAACCUAGAACAAAUAAUUUUCGGGUUUUCCAGGACAUUCACAAGCCAAAAUGGUCCAUCGAGAAUAUUCGGAUAAGCUCGGCGGUCGAUCUUUCGACCAUUCUUCCCCUUGGAUUCUCUUCCUAUUUAGUCUACAAAUAUGGGGAUGGUUAGUUAUAUUAUCAUCAGUAUUUGGAUAUCAUCAUUGUAGGAAAGUGGAAAAUUCUGUUUCUAUUGAAAAUUUGCAAAAAAAUAUCACUUCGCUUCAAGACCGUUGUUUUUUGCUAUUUUUUUUUGCAGUUAUAUUGAUUAAAAAUGCGAGAAAGCUGAGUUAAUUUAGCUUCUUUAUGCUGUGCUUUUUAAAAUACCGAGUUAUAUUUAUAAAAAAAAAUUUUCUGACUUUUUUUAAAUUUCAAUCUAUGUAUUCUGAAAACCAGUCUUCAGCUUUUUCUAUUCGAAAAUAUCUUAGUUAGAAAUUUCGAAAGUAACUUCUUUUUCAAAAAAAUUUUUAAACAAUAGAUAAUUCUUCCCAUUUUCCGGAUUCAAUCGGGCAAGCACGGUCUCCGCUCUCAGCAUCUAUGGGAUCAAUAUGUUUUUGAACCUUGUCAAAAUCCCGUUGGCCAAAAGCAGAGACCUUUUGAUGGUGAGUUUUUUCUCCUUAUUUUAUUUUAGCUUUUUUUUCCAGCUCUGCAAAACUUCCGUUCUAGUUCAUAUCACCGCCCUCACGAUGGCUUUCUCAUUUUAUAGGGUGAGAUUUUUAUUAGUUAUAAAUAAGUUUUUCCUUAGGGAUUUUCAAGGUUUUUUUUUGGGAAAAAUUGGGGAAAAUUUUUGAAAUUAAUUAGAGUUUUCGCUUGGGACUUUUUUUGAUUUUAAAAAUUUUUACGGAUUAUUGGCUUACUUUUCAUCAGUUCCUUUGCACAAGAAAAUUCAUCUAAUUUUCAUUUUUUUUUUUCAUGUUUUUUUCGAACUAGAUAUAUUUGCACUAUAUUUUUUUAUAUGUUUUUAUAAUAUCAUAAUCUGUUUAAAAGCGCGUGUUAAUUUCAUCGAUGAUUCAAAAUCGGCGUUAAUUUUUUUGCAGGGUAAAAAGAGAUUCAAAUCAUAUUUUUUUCAACUUUUUUUAGCUUUCAAUAAAUUAAAAAAAGAGAUAUAUUUGAAGAUCGAAGCGGUGGCCGGCCUUCUGGUGCUACCGUACACCUUCUGGACAGGAUAUCACGCCCUUCUGGCCCAUUGGAUCCAUUCCACACACGCCGACAAGCCCAAAAAGGACUUGUGA